UCCACUUCUGUCCAGCUGUUCCCAAUGCGACUUCACGAGCAACUUUGAGAGCGCUCUCAUCAUGCAUCAGCAACUGCAUCAUGAGGAUCCCACCAGGGAGGUGUUCAACCCCUGCGAAUUGAAGAAAAGCCACACUCUACCUAGUUCUUCGGCCUCCACCUUCAUCCGAGAAAAACCCAGCAAAGAAUUCAAACUGCCAGCGCGGACGUCGUCAGCGACGCGGCUGUUUGAGAAGCUGCGCGCACGCAUGGGCCGCGGGCGCACGCUGUUCUCGCACCCCGAGGACGCGGCCGAGGACAACACGGAUAUGUGUAUGCUGAGUGAGUGUACAUCUAAAGCGUUCAAAGAAGAUUUGCCGCUGACGAUAACGAGAAGCGACUUCGCCAGUCACGAGCGAUUGCAGAGAGAAAUGUUUAGAUGCCACCUCUGCAACUUCGAAGCUGACAGGAUAACAGUCCUGGACCGACACCUGCUGAACGACCACAAGAUCGGCAUCGACAACCUGCUGAAGCUGGUCAUGGCGAAGACGAAAGACGCUCUGUCUGAGGAAGUCAACACCGACCCGUUCAGACGACAACCAUACUAUAAGCCCCAAGACACGGAAUAUCAGCUGCAAGAAGGCGAAUUCAUGGAGAUGGUGUCCCCGAGAGUCAGGGUGAUGAGGCAUGCAGCGACUAAUACUGAGGAUACUAUAGGUUUACCCGAAAACUUCAAGCUAAUAACCAGCGAGCUAGAAAAGAUGGUGGCCAACCCCCCCGAUCAGCCCACUGACCUGUUCCAAAAGAUGCAAACCCUCAAUGAGUACAUGUGCAAGUUCGUGGACUCCUCGAACGUGCUGAAGAAGGUAUUGACCAAGGAGCUGGACACCAAAAGCAGGAGCGACCGGAGUGAACAUCGCGGAGAACCCGUCUUCGAUCUGAGAUUGGGAGAGUAA